CAGGCCUGCGUCUCCCUCCGAGCCCGGCCCGGCCCGGCGCGGCCGCUGCCUCCUGCAUGUCUUUCCGGCCCUCAGCCCCGCCGCCGCCUCAGCCCCGUCGACGGACGCCCCGCGGGCUGGAUGCAGACUAACAGGGAUGCCAAAGGAAAAAUAUGAUCCUCCAGAUCCUCGCAGAAUUUAUACCAUCAUGUCAGCUGAGGAGGUAGCCAAUGGGAAGAAGUCCCAUUGGGCAGAAUUGGAAAUCUCGGGUAGAGUGCGGAGCUUAAGUACGUCACUGUGGUCGCUAACGCACUUGACCGCUCUACACCUCAAUGACAACUAUCUGACUCGCAUUCCGCCUGAUAUUGCCAAGCUUCAUAAUCUGGUUUACCUGGAUCUAUCGUCCAACAAACUCAGAAGUUUACCAGCAGAACUAGGAAACAUGGUAUCUCUCAGGGAAUUGCUUUUAAACAACAAUUUGUUACGAGUUUUGCCUUAUGAACUUGGUCGGCUCUUUCAGCUGCAAACACUAGGUUUGAAAGGCAAUCCUUUAUCACAAGAUAUUCUCAGUUUGUACCAAGACCCUGACGGGACACGGAAACUAUUGAACCACAUGCUUGACAAUCUAGCAGUUCAUCCAGAGCAGCUGCCUCCAAGGCCAUGGAUUACAUUAAAAGAACGAGACCAAAUUCUGCCCUCAGCUUCGUUUACUGUCAUGUGUUACAACGUGUUGUGUGAUAAAUAUGCCACCCGACAGCUCUACGGCUACUGCCCGUCGUGGGCAUUAAACUGGGAGUACAGGAAAAAGGGAAUCAUGGAAGAAAUCGUUAACUGGGAUGCAGAUAUCAUUAGCCUUCAGGAAGUAGAAACCGAGCAAUACUUCACCCUCUUUCUGCCAGCAUUAAAAGAGCGUGGAUACGAUGGAUUUUUUUCUCCAAAGUCACGUGCCAAAAUCAUGUCCGAGCAGGAGCGGAAGCAUGUGGACGGUUGUGCAAUAUUCUUCAAAACAGAAAAGUUCACAUUGGUGCAAAAGCACACGGUUGAAUUCAACCAAGUGGCGAUGGCAAACUCGGAAGGAUCAGAAGCUAUGCUGAACCGAGUGAUGACGAAGGACAACAUUGGAGUCGCUGUCGUGUUAGAGGUGCACAAAGAACUGUUUGGAGUAGGCAUGAAGCCACUUCAUACAGUGGACAACCAGCUGCUUAUUAUAGCAAAUGCCCAUAUGCAUUGGGACCCUGAAUAUUCCGAUGUGAAACUCGUCCAGACCAUGAUGUUUGUCUCUGAAUUGAAAAGCAUCCUUGAGAAAGCCUCCGGCAGGCCUGGAAGCCCAACGGCAGAUUUGAACUCCAUCCCUCUGGUGCUGUGUGCGGAUUUGAACUCACUGCCUGAUUCUGGUGUUGUGGAAUAUCUAAGCAAUGGAAUAGUAGCUGACAACCACAAAGACUUCAAGGAGUUGCGAUACAAUGAGUGUCUCAUGAACUUCAGCGGCAACGGGAAGAACGGGGCUUCGGAAGGGAGGAUCACGCACGGCUUCCAGCUCAAGAGCGCCUAUGAAAACAACUUGAUGCCUUAUACAAAUUAUACCUUUGAUUUCAAAGGUGUGAUUGACUACAUUUUUUAUUCCAAUAAUCACAUGAACGUGCUCGGUGUCCUGGGCCCUCUGGAUCCGCAGUGGCUGGUGGAGAACAACAUCAGCGGGUGCCCUCACCCUCACAUCCCUUCCGACCACUUCUCACUGUUGACGCAGCUUGAGCUCCACCCUCCCUUCCUGCCUCCGGUCAACGGCGUCCACUUGCCUACCAGGAGGUAGUGGAGCCCUGCCCCCUCUGGAGGGCCGGGACCUGUUUGUUCGUUUUAUGGACCUGUACAGUUGUAAAUCAAAGUAUGUAGGAGUGAAGUAUGGCAAACAUUUUAAAAGCUGCUGCUUCGAGCUCCUUUUCAUUAUGUGUUUUGAUGAUACGACUUUUGCACAUUUUUGAGGGUGCAUAUUGGUACCAUUUGGCACUAGGGCUGGAACCAAAGUUGUUGUUUGUUCCCUUUCCGGGUUUUUGUUUUUAAGAGAUCUCUCUGUCUAUAUAUAUCUAUAUCUAUAUAUAUUUUAAACUGGCAAGCUUUAUUUGUUUCAUUGGGAAGCUGCCUUUAUAAAUGGACAAAUCAGCCGGGAAGAUUUGCAGAUACAUAUACACCCACAGCUAAAGCUUUUUUUCUUCUUCUUCCUCUUCCCCCCUGGACUAGUUAUCCCUUCCUCUCCCAAACUGCCCUUUUUGGUUUUGCUUUUUUUUUUAAAAAAGCAUCCACAGAUAGUUUAGAUACAAUUGAUGUAUGGGUCUUUCCAGGAAAGGUUGAUAAUAGGAAAUACUGUCGUCGGAGCACUUAAUAAUGUACGAGAACCGUAGAGUGUGCUGUCUCCACACCACCAAAAUUCCAGAUCAAUUUAGGAAGCCAACGGUUGAAAUUAGAUCUAAACGGGGCUUUGCCGUAGGGGAUGGGGAAACGUGCUGCCCCUGUAGAGAAUUUGCCUGCGGGUUUCAUAUAGGGCUGAUCGACCAGCGUCUGCUCCUCUGUGGAAGUGCCGUCCUGUACGGCCCCCGUCAAAAUAAAUAAAAUGGCACUUUUACAAAGCGGGAGAGCUUCAGCACCCAUAAAUCUGAUGUCGUGAACCAUGUUCAUUGGUGACUCACUUUGUUCACAGUAGAGGUUGCAGCAGCCAACAAUGAAAGGGGGAAACUUCGUCAGGCCCAAUGGCCUUGCAACCUUAUCUUCUCUUCCCCCCCCCCCCCCCGCCCCAAGAACACCUCGGUAGCAAUACCGCCUGUAAAAACUCUGGAAGAUGUUUGCGUUAUUUUUAUUUUAAGGAAUUGGACUGCUUUUUGAGAGGCCUUAGCAGAAGAAGAAGAAAUCGAGUCUGAUGGCUAACCCAAGGGAAAGAAGGUGCAUAGCAAGAUAGGAGAGAAAAGUUUAAAUUGUAAACAGUUGGGAGGGGGGUGCUAGAAUACUGUCCUUAGAAUCAGUGGCCAGAAUCCUCGUGUGCUGAGAGUUCACAAUCUGCAGGUUCGCUUUCUCACUUUCAAAUCACAGUGCCUCCCCUUUCCUUCCCCCGCCUUUUGCAGUGGUUCAGCCUGGAGGGGAGGAGACGGGUGCUGGGAGUUCCGUUUGGCUUCUGGCUCCCCCAUGCCUGAGAAGUGGUUUUUCCAGGUGCGUUUCCCCACCGCCACGUGCAAGCGAGCAAGCGGUAGCCAUAACCGUUCCUCGGAUUUCUUUUCCUUGACCCUAGUCGCCAAAUAAACCAUCUCAUGCUUUUAACAAUUUUUUUUUAAUUUUUUGUUUCUGUUCUCUAGCAGAGUUGAUUUAAAAAAAAAAAAAGCUGCUGGUUCAUUCCCAACUAUUAAUUUCUCUUAAAGAUAAGUUGGAGAUCUUUAAUUCCACCCCCCCUCCCCCCGUGCUGCAGGUGGCCAUUUCAAAAGCACCGUGCCUCAAGAGGAGAGAGAGCAGAAAGUCAUAAUGCCAUCAGUUUUUUGGUGUGUAGGGGGGAAGGCUGUGACUGCAAACCACUGAAGGCUGCCAGUCAGCAGCCUCUGUUUCAGUGGGACUUGGGUGUGGUUUCACUGAGAGCCCACUCAUGCAGACGGAGGCUGCUGAGCCCAGCUUAGACCCCUUCGGUGGAGUAAACCCUUUUGCUUUGCACUUCGAACAGCAAAAGAAAAGGCACAGUACCCGAGGUUGUGUCUGUUAAGUUUUUCCUGUAUUCUGCUUCUUUGCUGCUAUAUUCAGAGACCUUGAGCUUAUAUUUUAAACUUUUCAUGCACUUUACUGUUUCUAGUCUCAAAAAAGAAAAAAUGUGAUAUUUUUAAUAAACGAGAGUUUUUUUCCAUUAUGUGAAUGAAAAUUUUUUAAAAGAAGCCUAUAUUUGUCUCAUUUCAUAACCCUUAAAAAAAAAAAAAAGGAAAAGCGAAACGGUUUACAUUACUUUUAAAAUAACUUCUGCACCAAUCGUCUGUUGUGUGAAAUGUAUUUCAUAAAGCCAUUCUUUUUUCUUCCCCCGUUUGCUAGCUAUGUAUAAAAAUGACCAAGGAAAUUUAAUCAGGUGAUAGUAAGAAAUACUCCCUCUUUAUUUGGUGCAGUAGGGUAGAGGGAUACACCGCACCUAUAGGGCUUUUUUUGUAGCAGGAAUGCCUUUGCAUAUUAGGCCACACCCCUGAUGUAGCCAAUCCUCCAAGAGCUUACCGGGCUCUUAGUACAGAGCCUACUGUCAGCUCCAGAAGGAUUGGCUACAUCGGGGGGUGUGGCCUAACAUGCAAAGGAGUUCCUGCUACAAAAAAAGCUCUGCCGCAGUUUCUUCAGUGGAGGUUGCAAUUACCUUUCAAAAGUGCCUGCAGCCAUUGAAGGGUGUGUCUCCCCCUGCUGAAACUCUGCAUUUGUGUGGAAAUUCAUGAUGGAACUACGGUAUACAAAGACAACAGGACCGCUGCUUAAUUUCGGCAGCCCUGUGUCAAGUUUCCCCAUCCAUUUCUGCAUCAUUGAGUAGAAUUUCUUACAUCGUGAUGCCUUUUUUGACGUGCUUUCUCCCCGCCCCCUCACCAUGGGAACGCCACUGGCAGGCGUAGGAAGCACUUCACAUGAUGCCAUCAAGACUUGAGACAGAUUUUACUCUAGAUGUAAAAGCAGAAGGAGAACGUAACCCGAGGGCUGCCAUUUUUAGCAGCGGUCUCGUCUUUCUAAUAAACGCGUAGCUCCACCUUUGAUGGAAAUAGCUUGUAAAGCACGAGUCAGGCGUUCACCUUUUUAAAGAUGACGUUUUCUCCCCAUCUUGGUGCAGGUAUCUCUUUUUAUAUACCUCGAAAGUGUUGCAUACGUGGCCAUGUGUGUCUGUAUAUAAAUACCAAUUGACGAAGUAAUUGCAAUAUAGUACUGGAAAGUAGAAUAGCAUGAAAAACUUAAAUUUUGCGGACAUUAACCUUUUUUUUUAGUUGUUAUUGUUGGUUGGUUUGUAAGGGCCUGAUCCACGGGAACGUUCUCCUGUGCAAGCUCUGUUAAAACGAGCAGGCGUUAGCAGCCCUUGUCCUUUUAAUGGGGACUUGUACCAAAGAAAGUCCUAUGGAUUCAGCUCAGUCCAUCUACUGUAUCUUCACUCAGAGGCAUUGAUUUUUCUUUCCUGCUCUUGGAGGUAUGCACUAACAACUCCUCCUCCUCUUCAUAACGUGCAUGUUAAUUAGCAAUGUGAGCAAUAUUUCCUACCAUACUUCACUCCCAAAUAUUUUUGAAAUGUUUGUAUAAAAUGGAGUUUAAAAAACAAAACAAAACAAUUUUCGCCUGUGAUUGUAUAUGAAUUGCAGAGGAGCCGGUUUAUUAAAUAAAUUUAAAAAAGAAACCUCUACAAUCUUUUGUAACGUUGUUGGGAGAGGGGGGGGAAAUGAAAUAAAAAGACUGGGAAACAUUGUGAACAGCU